AUGCAUGUUCCUCCUCUGAUCCGUCGAGCACGAACGGUAUAUCGUCGCAUGCCAAAUCGAGUGACUCCGGAGAGUAUUGAGACAAGCACAAUACAAAACAGCAAAGCACAGGUAAAUCCUGAGGGGCAAGAUGAUCUCACGUUAAGCUACACCAAUUCUGAAUCCCGCGAGCACAUGCCUGAUGAACAUGCCCAGCGAGGUGUUCAAGAUGUUGAAGCUGUGGCCCUUGCUUGGUCUAAAGGCUAUUUGAUUGCAGUAUUCGUGAAUAUUUGGUGCUUAUAUUUCGUCAACGCAUUUCAAGCAACAAUGAACACGAGUCUUAACCCCUAUGUCACGAGCACCUUCCAAUCACAUUCGCUUUCGGGUGUUCCCACCGCGCUCGGCGAUGCCUUUGCAGCUGCCACCUACCUUCCGAUGGCAAAAUUGAUGGAUGUUUGGGGUCGCGCAGAGGGGUUUCUAUUCAUGAUCAUAUGUCUUACGAUCGGAUUGAUUCUCAUGGCAACUUGCCAAACAUUCGAGACUUACUGUGCCGCCAAUGUCUUCUGGUACAUCGGUUUCUAUGGCACCGAGUACGCAAUUGAUGUUGUGACUGCUGAUGCAUCGACUCUUCAAAAUCGUGCCUUCGCAUAUGCGUUUACAUCCUCCCCAUACAUCAUCACCGCUUUUGCUGGACCAAAGGUGGCAGAGCAGUUUUACUAUGAUAUUUCCUGGAGAUGGGGGUUUGGCGCCUGGGCUAUUAUCACGCCCAUCGUGGCUACACCGCUUUACGUCAUGCUGAAGUACAACCUUUCUAAAGCUGAAAAAGAGGGAUACCGGAUAAAGAGACCAAGUGGUCGCUCCAUGUUAGAGAGUAUCUGGCAUUGGACUGUACAGUUUGAUUUGCUUGGUGUCUUCGUCUUUACUGCUGGACUCGUGCUUUUCGAGCUUCCUUUCGAUGUAGCUGCCUAUGCUCCUGAUGGCUGGGCCUCGGGGUAUAUCAUUGCCAUGCUUGCUGUCGGAUUCUCGAUGCUAUUCUUCUUUGCAAUUUGGGAGAAAUGGCUUGCCCCCGUACCUGUGCUUGAGUGGCGCUUGCUCACAAAUCGUACGAUCAUCGGUGCAAUUCUACUUGAUGCAACAUAUCAACUUUCCAACUAUUGCUGGAGCUAUUACUUUACCUCCUGGUUGCAGGUCAACAAUGAUCUUACUAUCACUACCUCGAACUAUAUUAACAACAUCUUUGAUAUGGUCUCGGGCGUGCUUUUGCUUCUUCUUGGCUGGUUCAUACGCAUGGUUGGCCGUUAUAAGUGGACUUUGUACAUUGCAAUUCCGCUAUACAUUUUUGCACAGGGAUUGAUGAUUCAUUUCCGAACGCCAAAUGGCGACGUCGGCUAUCAAGUGAUGUGUCAGAUUUUCCUUGCCAUUGGAGGUUCAGUCUUUAUUCUGGUUGAACAGCUAGCAAUCCUGGCUGCAGUUGACCACCAGCACGUUGCCACCGCCCUCGCUCUUCUAAAUGUGGCAGGAACUAUUGGAGACAGCGCGGGCAUCACUAUCAGUACAAUUAUCUGGCAGCAGACAUACCUGAAAGCCCUUUGUCGAUAUCUGCCCGAAUCGGCGUUGCCGAAUCUCAACAACAUUUACGAGGAUCUCACAACCCAAACCAGUUAUCCUAUUGGAACCCCGAUCCGGCUAGCCAUUCAGAAAGCUUAUGCUUACGCAGAACUGAGACUGCUUGCCGUGGGGUGUGGGAUCAUGGUUCUAGCAAUUCCGUGGACUAUUCUGAUCAAGGACAUGGACCUCAAGAGGAAGCCACAGGUCAAGGGAACAGUCUUUUAG